UCGCUUUUAUUUGGGGAAACGCCGCCCUCUAGUGGUGAGAAAAAAAACCCUCUUAGAAGAGGAACAUCCGGGUAAUUUGGUCAGCUGACCAAAACACGGAAGCCGCGCAGGCGGAAGAUCAGGAGAGUCAAAAAGAGACUCAUUUUCAGAGAAAUGCGUCCAUUAUUGAGGUUUUAUCAACUUUACAGGUGAAUUUAAAGCUUUAUUUUCAUAGAAAACUCUGAAAGUGGAAUUAUUUGAUCUUUGACUGACGUGACAGGACGGUAAAACCGAACGUUUCCAUUUAAGUUCUGGGAUUUUGGAGGGGUUUCUGCUCUCUGAUUCCUUCAUGCAUCUGCAGGGCGAGCUGCGCUGCACGCCAUGAUCCAGGUGUUUCGCAGCCCGGGCCGCCAUGGCUACGCCGUGGAGUUGUCCCCGUUCAUCCCCAACAGGGUGGCGUGUGCGGCGUCCCAGUACUACGGGAUAGCAGGUUGUGGGACGCUGCUCAUCCUCGAUGAGACCCCCCGAGGACUCGUCUCAGUGAGGAGCUGGGAGUGGGGAGACGGCUUGUUUGACGUUGCAUGGAGUGAGACUAACGAGCACCUCCUGGUGGCAGGAGGCGGAGACGGCAGCCUGCAGCUGUGGGACACAGCCAAUCAGGACGCUCCGCUGAGAGUGUCCAAAGAACACACACAGGAAGUGUACAGCGUGAGCUGGAGUCCGACCCGGGGGGAGAACCUUGUCGUCUCCGGGUCGUGGGAUCACACGGCUAAAGUGUGGGAUCCAUCUCUUAGCAGAUCGCUGACCACACUCAGGGGUCAUGAAGGAGUCGUCUACUGCACCAUCUGGUCGCCUCAUAUCCCAGGAUGCAUUGCCUCAGCCUCAG